CGGGAAAAUUCAAAUCCAACUGCUGAAUAGUACCUACCACCUUACUAAGUUACUCCGUAUAGUUGUUUACUAGCUACAACGGGAAUAUUGACAGGACCCCUCUUCCGCUUACGAAUCAACAACAGCUUUUACCAGUCCCAAGCGACCCAGCUUUUUUUCCGUAGUAGAGAUAUUCCGAUUGACCAAUCUGAUACCCCACCCAACUUUACCCUAUAGCAAUAGUCUUUCUCUAUCCAACUUCACCCCUCCUCGCUUUCGGUGCCGUCUGAUAUCCCUUGCAAACAAACGCAUCACCGAAACCUAAAACUCGCAACGGGCCGGACGCGUGCAGCACGCAUCGCGAACCAGCAAACAGUCGUUCAAGCUGUUUUCAUCAGCCUUUAGACGUACCCUCCGUUCAAGCGGUCCCGGCUUACCAGCAGCCCUCGUUGUUGCCGCCGGUGUCAAGGAACAUCCGCCACGUGCGAGCGAGAUCAAGAAGGUUGCACAGGCCAGAAGGAUGCACAGCAAGGUAGUUAUCAUCGGGUCUGGGCCCGCCGCCCACACGGCCGCCAUUUACCUGGCGCGAGCCAACCUGAAGCCUGUCAUGUAUGAAGGUUUCAUGGCCAACGGUACCGCAGCGGGUGGCCAGCUGACCACGACCACGGACGUGGAGAACUUCCCUGGUUUCCCCAAGGGUAUUGGCGGCCAGGAACUCAUGGACGCAAUGCGCGAACAAUCAUCCCGCUUUGAGACCGAGAUCAUCUCCGAGACCGUUGCCAAGGUUGACCUGUCCUCGCGCCCUUUCAAAUACUGCACCGAGUGGUCGCCGGAGGUCAUGCACACAGCAGACACGCUCGUAAUCGCAACGGGUGCGUCAGCCCGCCGCCUUGGCCUGCCUGGCGAGGACAAGUACUGGCAGAACGGCAUCUCGGCCUGCGCCGUAUGCGACGGUGCCGUGCCUAUCUUCCGUAACAAGCCGCUUUUUGUCAUCGGCGGUGGCGACAGCGCAGCUGAGGAGGCCAUGUUUUUGACCAAGUACGGCAGCCACGUUACAGUGCUUGUGCGCAAGGACAAGCUGCGCGCCAGCAGCAUCAUGGCCAAGCGCUUGCUGUCGCACCCCAAGGUUACAGUCAAGUUCAAUUCGGUUGGAGUCGAGGUCAAGGGUGGGGAGGACGGUCUUAUGAGCCACAUGGUCAUCAAGGACGUCGUUACUGGCAAGGAGGAGACGCUCGAAGCCAACGGUCUAUUUUAUGCCAUCGGACACGACCCGGCCACUCAGCUCGUCAAGGGGCAGCUCGAGACCGAUGAGGAGGGUUAUAUCGUCACUAAGCCGGGUACCCCCCUGACGAGUGUCGAGGGUGUUUUUGCUUGCGGCGAUGUGCAAGACAAGAGAUACAGACAGGCUAUUACAAGUGCCGGUUCCGGUUGCAUGGCCGCCAUGGAUGCUGAAAAGUUCCUGGCUGAGCAAGAGGACGUCGAGCCCGAUCGAGAGGCGCGCAUGUAAGCGUGUCACAUAUUUUGAUACUUCUUAUAUCUCAAAUCGGCCAGCGUCUGCCGAGGCUUGUGAUUGCGUUCCGAGAACGAUUCAGCGAUUUAUACGGGGCUAAACUUUCAACUGGCUGUUUGGACUAUGAUAGAUGGAAGAAGCUAAAGAAAAUAAAUAUAUACAUAUGUAUAGAUUCUAUAGAGAAGGCACACCCUCAGGGGUGUGUUGCGUGCAUCUAAUCGUCCGUUUGUGCCAGCAUGGGUAUAUUCGGUACACCAUCCACUAUCUGUAAUAUCUAACCACUGGAGCAACCCCG